AUGCGCAUCACGGCAGCGGUCGCCUCCAUCCUGCCCCUGGCCCUCGGCGCCCGCCUCCUCAAAGCCCGCGGCGGUACCCCUCUCAACUCGUACAUUGUGGUGCUCAAGGAGGUCUACAACGGCGGAGAAGUGACCAUAUCGGACGUCGAAGACGGGCUGGGAGACGUCAACAAGACGCAGACGUACACGAGCGCCGUGGGAUUCAGGGGGUUCGCCGCGAAGCUCAACGCCACGCAGCUCGACGCGCUCAAGUCGUCGCCCAAGGUCGAUUACAUCGAGGAGGACGCGGCGGUGCGCAUCAGCGGGUCCGUGACGACCCAGACUGACGCCGACUGGGGCCUCGCCCGCCUGUCGAGCCGCACGCCCAACGGCACGACUUACAAGUACGACGCGACGGCCGGGGCCGGCACGUGCGCCUACGUCAUUGAUACAGGCAUCAUGAUAGGGCACUCCGAGUUCGAGGGCCGGGCGACCUGGGCUGGGAAUUUCGUCGACAAAAACGACACAGACGGCAACGGGCACGGCACGCACGUCGCGGGGACCAUAGGCGGCGUGACGUACGGGGUGGCCAAGCAGACGAGGUUGUUCGCGGUCAAGGUGCUGGAUUCUUCGGGGAGCGGGACGAACUCCAUGAUCAUCGCGGGCAUGAACUUUGUGGUGCAGGACGCGCCGAAACGGAACUGCUCCAAGGGCGUGGUGGUCAACAUGUCGCUGGGCGGGGGGCGGUCGACGGCGGUCAACUCGGCGGCGCGGGCCGUGGUGCAGGCGGGCUACUUCCUCGCCGUGGCGGCGGGCAACGAGUCCAACGACACGGAUCUGUACUCGCCGUCGUCCGAGGAGAGCGUGUGUGCCGUGGGCGCCACGACCCGCAACGACUCGAUGGCUUCGUACAGCAAUUUCGGAGCCGGCGUGGCGUUGUUUGCGCCGGGCAGCGACAUCAAGUCGGCUUGGAACGACGGCAACACCAAGAGCAUCUCGGGGACCAGCAUGGCGACGCCGCACGUUGCAGGCCUGGGCGCGUAUCUGAUGGGUAUACGUGGGCCCAUGAGCGGAUCCGCCAUGUGCGAUCUUGUUAAGAAGUCGGCGCUGAUAGGGAAGAUUUCCGGAGUCCCGAAUGGCACGGCCAACAGGCUUGCUUAUAACGGCGGUGUUUGA